AUGCAACGCAUGAGCAGUGGGGCGGUGGGCUUGCGGACCAGCAAUGUCAGCAGCAUGGGAAAUGGUAUGAUGGCGAGGACGUGGGGCAUCGCAGUGGGCGGCUCAUCUUCGAGCACUGCCGCUACGCGCAUGGUCGGACCAUCGACUUGGGGAGACGUGUGGCGACGAGGCGCGACGAAGAAGACUGGCGGUUCCUCCAAGAACGGACGUACCUCUCGGCCCAAGUACCUUGGACCCAAGCGCGGCGAUGGUGAGGAGGUCAAGGCGGGCGAAAUCCUGCUUCGCCAGCGCGGCACUCGCAUUCAUCCGGGUCCCGGCGUCGAACGCGGUCGCGACCACACCCUCUACGCGACCACGCCCGGCGUUGUGUCCUACACCACCUCGCAUUACCCGUUUAUUUUUCACAAGAAGGGCAACACAAGCGCGUCUUUACAAGUGGGCAGUUAA